AUAUUGUUUAAUCAAUAACGAAUAGAGCGAUUUGCGAGCACCACCGCCACCAUCACCGCGACUCCCAGUUCCAACACAUCCAUAUCCGCGUUGCAUUUGUGUGUGAGUGUGUGUUGAGAAUAUAAUAUUGCUAAGCCGUCGCGCACCCUCGCAAUGCAAAGGCAGUUGCAAACUAUUUAGACGACCGAUAGUUUAGCGUACGUUUGGUGAGCCCCUGCAAACCACCCCUCGACGCCACCAUUCGCGUCGCAAAAAUGUACAAGACGGUGCGGCAUGGCGAAAACAGCCUACAGUAUACGAUACUGCCACAGAACGAUGACUUUCGCAUUGAGGGCAAGCUAUCGAGCGCAGGCAACAAUUGCAGCGGCGCUGCUGGCCGCAAAGGCAAGGCGCGGCGCCCCAGACGACGCUCAUUCUUCGCUUACUUGGGCUUGAUUUUCAUCUGCACCGUUAUUAUAGGUGCUAUAUUGGUGCCGUUCCUAGUGUCGGCCGAAUGCUUGCCCAAUCCCACUGAGUGGUUUCUGAAGACGAAGGCAGCACUAUCACAUGGCGGCGGCAUAAAUGGACUACACAGGAACGUUGGCGGACCGAGAGAAGCUUUGCGUAGGACGGGCGAAAAUGGUGGCGGCCACCACCUACCGCAACACAACAGCGCCGCGAGCAUUGGUCAGAAAGUGGAAAUUAUCAAUAGCGACGGCGUAGAGAAAAUCAUUUUGCGCGUCAAUAAAACGCAAGCGGAGCCGAAACUAAAUGAUACCAAGGACAGGCCAGUUGGAUAUGUGUCGGAUAAGGAGGAGCAGCCGCCAACAGAGGAAACCAAUGCAGCUGCUGCUGAUAAAAGAAUGGAUGGAAGAACAGAACCACAAAAGGAUAUUGUCACAGUGGGAAAGGAUGACGCGAUUGCGAUCACAACCACAAUGCCGGCCCCAAAUAUCGGUGCUGGAGAUGGGCUUGGCCUGCCAAAUAAGGCAGAGCCACCACUGGAAGCGAAUAAUUUUGUUUCGGAAGUGCGUUUCGAUUCAGGCAGCAUGCAGUCAUUGCCUGGUGUUCCGCCCACCAUCGUGGUGACCACCACGAUGCACAUACAGCCUGCUCAAAAUGGUAACCAAUUUAACGGCAACAAUAAUGUGGGCAACAAUGGCGUACCAAGUCGUCCGUUACAAAAUGGCCCCGCACCCGCAAUACGUCCAACAACGUCCUUUUCGACCACCAGCAUUUAUUCGCCACAUGCACCCGCUGCAGCCUCUGCACCAGCUGCAGCUACAUUUAAUGUCAACACGAUUUCAAAUCAAAACGCCAGCGCUGUAGUCUUACCCACCAUUACGACACGCAUCAUGCAGUUGCCGCUGCUCAAGUCUACGGCUAAGAAGCCCAUCAUACCGCCGGUGCUGGCGCGGCCCAAUUCGGAAGCUAUACCGCCAAGGCAGUCCGAUAACAGUGGCGCAGAUGCGAAUGGCGGUAAUGAGCCGCUAAAAGUGAAUGCCGCAGAUGUUGUGGAGACUAAAGACGCUGACUGGAUACAAUCGCAUUGGCCUUACAUUGAUCCGUCGACCUACUUUCAGUGGACCGGGUACAAGGAGGACAGCGUUUUAUUGCCUGCAUUACUGGGUUUCGCCUUAACUGGCAUGAUUCUAAUAAUUGCGGUCUGCUUGGUGGCACGCAACAAACGCGCCAUCGUCUCCUCGGUGCGCAAGCGGAAUCGCAAUGACGUCGAAGAGGCCGGUGCGGAUGAUAAUACAACACUGCUAACCAACGCUAAUCUCUCCGAUGAGGACUAAACUAUGCAGCGCGUCUUUACUAGUUUGACUUAACGCCACUCUACUUAAAUAAAUGACACACAUACAUACAUACGUACAAAAGUGCUUACAUAACUAUAUGAAGGCAUAAACAAAAAUCCAAGUUUCGCCUGCUUCUAACCAAUAUCUGCAAAAUUCAAUAGUACGUAUGAGUGUGUGUGUGUGGCCAGCAUGGAAAGAAAAUGAAACGGAGCCACCUAACUAAGCACCCUCAACAAUUGCCCACGUUUUCAUUUAUAACAUUCGUGCGCAUACACA